ACAAAUCGCAGGGUCGUCGAAAAAAUGCGAAUUCUCCGCUUUGAUGCCGGAAAGGAAGUGAGAAAAUUUGGGUGAAAAAUGAGUGGAAAGCCGACGUUUUCGGUGCUGGAGUCGUGUCGAUUGUGCGGUCGGGAGAAUACAGAGUCCAAGGGCAGGCAUUUUCUCUACGGCAUCGAAACCAACACCGAGUUGUUGACCAUUCUGCGGAGUGUCCUCCCAAUCGUGAUAUACCCCGAGGAUCCGCUGUCCAAGUGGAUCUGCACGGGGUGCCGGGAGCACGUGACCAGUUUCUAUGGAAUCUCAGAGCGCUUUAAGCAGUAUCUGGGCAAGUGCCUCGACGCUUUGCAGAAAGUCAACAAGGAACAGACAUACCUGCAGAUCUGCAGCGAUGUUGAGACCUUCGCGGCGACGCUGGAAGACAGCCUGCGGGAGAAGAUGCCGUCCGCCGUCUUCGAUCGCCAUCGACUUGUGCUGAGCAAGCGACCGCGGGUGCCUGAGAAGCGGACGCCCAGGCAGUCCGGAGAGGUGCCAUCACUGUUCAAGACCUGCAUUGAGUACAUCAAUCGCGAGGGGAAGAAUCUCUUGCACACCUACUUGAGUGUGGACAGCGCGGCGACGUGGAGUGAGUCGGAGAUCGCGGAUUCCGACAGCAGUAUGAGCUUAGAUGAGUUUCACGGCGAGGAGGAGCAAUUCUUCGAUUCAACGGCGAUGGAGUGUAACGUGAACAUUGUCGAGGGAUACUCAGAGCAGGAGAGCUUCAGCGAGCUGCCUCCGCUGGAGAAUGGCGUGAAGAAGCGGAAGCUCUCCAGUCGCUCCUCAAGUUCGUCUGAGCGGCCGCAGACGCGGGCCAAGUCGCGCAUCAACUAUUCUGAGGAGAUGAUUGACGAUGCGCUGUUUUACGAGCAAAUCAUGCUGGAUGAGUACAAGAGGAAGGCGAAGAGCAGGGAGAAGUCGCCGUUUAAGGAGGAGCCAGUAUACAAGAAGCGCCAAGUGGCGGCCAAGAGCACGACAAGAAACAGUAUUGCAAAUCCCCUGAUGGACAUCAGGAAGCAACUCAAGACGGAUCCCACACAGGUUAUUCAGUUCAACUCUGAGCUCAGCAUUCAUCUGAAAGUGAAGGAGGAGCCGCGAGAGCUUCGCCAGGGCGUGAACAGCUCUCUAAACACGCCGACAACGUGUAAAUUCUGUCGGAAGACUUUUCCCAAUGCGGCCGUGCUGUCGAAGCACCAGCUGCGCCACUUUGUGCUGCGCCUCAAGAAGUUGGACACGCCGGAGAUUCUGCACACCAAAUUCCGACGCUACAGCUACAGAUUUCCCAACUUUCGCUGCUGCAACUGCCUGAGCUAUUUCAUGUCCAAGGAGACGCUGAAGGAUCACUGGACGAAGGGCGAGUGCGAGUUCUUCUGUCGCGUCUGUCGUGCCUCAUUCCACCGCAGCCGACCGGAGCUGCACAAGCACUACCUCCUGGUGCACGGAGUGCGCUUCAAUGACACCAUCUUUGCGGUGUCUGGCCUGGAGAUUGACGAGACGAAGAUGUGCAACGUGUGCUACUGCACCUUCCCCAAUUUCCAGUCGCGCAACUCCCACAUGAAGAUACACAAGAAGAAGGGCGAGCUGAUACUGAUGAGCCCCUCCACGAGUGCCGUGCCGACGCCCAGGCCGCGACUGCAGAUCAAUCAGGCGUUGCAGAUGGAGAUCAAGCGUCUGGAGUUCGCCAGCCACCAAAGAUUCAACGGCAUGUCCUCUUCGUCGCACAUGAUGCCGCCGCACCCCAUGAAUCAUCGUCCGGCGAUGCCGCACAUGCUGCCGCCGCCGCGAUUCGCCGGCCCAGGGCCCAUGAAGCGAUUCUCGGAGGCGCCGUCGUCCCUGGGCGACGCCAUGGGACGGAUGUACAACUGCAUCCCGUGCGGCGGCAAGUUCCCCAACAAGACGGAGCUCUAUCGCCACAAGAGGACCUGCCCGCAGCUCCUGCGCACUUGCUGCCAUCUGUGCUGGAAGCAAUUCACCACCACGUCGGAGUUUGAGAACCACAUGCGGCAGCACCAUCACGCCUAACGAGCACCUGUGCAGCCAAUACUCUCUCUUCUCUCUAUUUCCUUCCGGCCAGCGCCGGACACUAUCUCGUAGCGUAAUCGUAUGAUGAACAAGAGCAACAUAAAUGUUACAAAAUUGCCAGAAUAAAGAGUAAAUCAUUGUAAAAA